UGUUGCCUGACGACAACUUCUCUGAAAAUGAGAAAUGUGGCACAUGGCCCAGCUCUCAUCGCCGUUCUGUCAGCCAUUGCAGCCAUAUCCAGUGUCGUCCACGGUCAACAGCAGGCGAUGUCCAUGCCCCUGGCGCAAUCCCCUCCACAACAGCGCCUGACGCCGGAUUACGUAAAGGGAAUCCUCAGCCUGAAGAGCAGUCUGCUGGCCAGCAAGCAGUCCUUGAAUCAGGGUUCCAAUCCUAUAAUCAGAACCGGCAUGAGGUAUACGCCGCAAUUGGAGACUAAGCAGCCGCAGCAGGAGAUUCAGGUUGAACCCGUUGCCAAUCUGAGGCCAUCUCCUCCAGCUUACAGAGCCCUUGUUCACUCCCAGAUGCCGCAGGUCAAGUUGAAUCGAUAUAGCCAGGAGUUCCCGGCGCCCCACCUCUUCCAGCCGCCUUUUGUUCCCUUGUCAACAAAGCUGGAGUCACAGGACUCGCAGGACUCACAGGACUCACCGCCCACGGCCGAACAACUGGAGUUGCUGCAAAAGUUGUCCGAGUUUUUUGGCCAGCGACAGCAGUUGCAACAACAGGUGCAACCACAGCAGUCGGCGAACUGUGCUCAUGACCAAAGUGAAGGAAAAGAAAUGUGCAAUUCUGACCCCCUAUCAGAUUGUGAUGCAACCACAAAAGAACCCCCCAAAAAUGAGGAAGAUUCGGUUAACGUGGAUGUUAAGAAUAAGGAGGUCGAGGAGAGUACCACAGUCCAGCCGAAACCUUCUGUGGUCCCCAAAACAAAGGCUACGAAGGCGAAUAUCGCCAAGUCCUCCACUCAUAAGCCCACAACAACUCGUACUACCAAAUCAACUACAAAAAAAUUGCCCUGUUGCACUAAGCCAGUGAAGCAGACCCUUGCGAAGGCUCCCAAUGUCAUUAGUUUUUCGCUGAAUAUUGAAAAUGAUAAUACCGAGGAGGCAAAGUCCCUGCAACAACAACCUCGAAGUGGUAGACAUGAGAUUCAGCCUGAUUUGCGUAUAAAUGCCAUCACCAACUUACUGAGAUAUCGCAGAAAAAGAGCUCAGAGUGCAGCUCCAUAUCCCAAGCCCUUUUUCGAGCUAAAAGGUCAAGAACUCAAGUUAAAGAGUCGAACGAAACGAAAAAAGAGUAAGAUACUGGACAAAAAGCAACUCCUUCAGGCUGAGCUCAAAAUCUGGCCCAUUAGCAUACGAUCAAGUUGAGAAGAAAUAUAUUUUUUAAGAAAUGAAUUUAAAUAAAUAUUUAAGAGAA